CAGCGGCGGCUCCCUCCGUAUAAGGGUCGCGCGCCGGGCUCGGCCUGUAGUCGGGAAGAUGUCGCGCUACGGGCGUUACGGUGGCCAGACCAAGGUGUACGUGGGGAACCUGGGCACGGGCGCGGGCAAAGGCGAGCUGGAGAGAGCCUUCAGCUACUACGGGCCCCUGAGAACCGUGUGGAUCGCGAGGAACCCGCCGGGGUUCGCCUUCGUGGAGUUUGAAGACCCGAGGGAUGCUGAAGAUGCCGUGCUUGGCCUCGAUGGGAAGAUAAUAUGUGGCUCCAGGGUUAGAGUGGAAGUGUCAACGGGGAUGCCUCGUCGCUCCCGUUACGACAGGCCUCCUGCACGGCGCCCCUUUGACCCUAACGACAGAUGCUAUGAGUGUGGUGAGAAAGGCCACUAUGCUUAUGAUUGUCACCGCUAUAGUCGCCGAAGGAGGAGCAGGUCCCGGUCUAGAUCCCGCUCAAGGUCCCGAGGAAGAAGGUAUUCGCGUUCACGCAGUCGGAGUCGCGGUAGGAGAUCAAGGUCAGCUUCCUACCGCAGGUCCAGGUCAAUCUCUCCUCGUAGGUAUAGAUCAUUUUCACCCCGCAGAUCUCGGUCUGGUUCUUUAAGGAGAUCAAGAUCUAGGUCCAGAUCACGCUCAAGGUCCCGGUCUGUUGUAUGGCCUCGAAGCAGGUCUGGGUCCCAUGGUAGAUCUAAAUCUGGCUUACCUGCUAAAAGUCGCUCAAAGUCCAGAUCACCAUCUCCAAAGAGAAGUCACUCGCCAUCAGGAAGCCCUUGAAGGAGUGCAAGUCCUGAAAGAACGGAUUCAAGUUUAAAGUUUAAGAAGAAAAUUUAUUUUGUUUACAUUAUUAUAAGGGAUUUUGUGGUGUCUUUAUAAAUGUAAGGGCUUAGUCCUGGAAGGCUGUUUCUAUUGACUAACAAUUGGCAUGAAUCUGGACCUUUUAAAAGUCUUAUUAGCAGACUAAUGCAAAACUCUUUUGUUGUGUUAACGUUCUGUGAUCUGGAAAUGUUGGGCUUUUUUUAUUGGCGCAUUGAAAUAAACUGUGCAUUUCUAACGAAGAAAUAGUUUGUGAUAACCCUGCUGUUUCUGUGAACGUUUGGGUAGCUGAAGCAGGUCGGGUGCCACGGUGGUGCAGAGCAGGAGGCAGGCUGUUACAGGCACUGGCGGAGGGAGCGUGGUGCCGCAGCCGGCUGUCCCGCAGGCGCCUGCCCCUUGCAGGACUUCACUCCUACAGAGCACCGAGUCGAGUGAAGAGUUCCCGUAGCAGCUGUCGUUCUUACUGUUCGGUCUUGAAUGUUAUGGUGAUCUGUACCUUGUGUUUUUAUUUGCAUCUCCUCAAAGCUCAGUGAAGCUGAAAACCUGCCUGGAGGUGCUUGUACGUGUGAGGAUUUGAGUUACAAAAAUGUCUACAAGGGGCGUUAACAGAUGGGAAGAACAAGGCAUGUCUAAGCGCUGGUCUGUCUGUCAUGUUGA